AUGACUGCAGCCAGAGCUGGUUGGACUCCCUUACAUAUUGCCGCUUCGGCAGGCCGUGAUGACAUUGUGAAAGCCCUCAUUGCCCGGGGUGCUCAUGUAAAUGCUGUCAAUCAGAACGGCUGUACGCCCUUGCAUUAUGCAGCCUCCAAAAAUAAGCAGGAGAUUGCAAUCAUGCUUUUAGAGAAUGGAGCUGAUCCAGAUGCAACAGAUCACUUUGAAUCCACCCCGUUACACAGAGCAGCAGCCAAAGGAAACCUAAAAAUGGUACAGAUCCUUCUGCAGCACAACGCAUCUGUUAAUAUACGGGACUCUGAAGGGAAUACUCCUCUUCAUUUAGCCUGCGAUGAAGAGAGAGUGGAGGAGGCAAAGCUGCUGGUGUCUCACGGUGCAAGUAUUCACAUUGAGAAUAAAGAAGAACUGACCCCACUGAAAGUGGCAAAAGGUGGCCUGGGAGCCAUACUUAAAAGAAUGGUGGAAGGCUAGUGGGGACUUGUGGCUUGAGUCUCUUUCUUGUUGUGUUUGUAUUUAAGACUGCAAACUUCGUGUGUUGGUAGUUCAGCUAGGAUGUCAUGUAUGGGCAUCAGCAUGGUAACAAAGUGUGUAUCUCUAGCUUCCCUUCAAGUACAGUGCCAAAACAACUGUUUGUACUUCUUUGUACUACUUUGUUGACUGAUUUUUAAAGUAUUUUUCAAUAUCUUGCAGUUUUCUUUCAGUUUCUGAUAUGAUCUGUAUAAAUGCGGUCAUUCCUUCUAUUUCAGAAUGUGGUUUAGGAUUAUUUCUUUCAAGCAACAGGACCAAAAAUGCUUUAACCAUUUAAAUUCAAUUCUAUUUUGGAAGCUUAUUUUAGGUUUCGUUUUUGUGGGUACUGGCUCUCUUCUUCAGAUGAUUCUGAACUACACCUCCCCCUUUGUAGAAUGCAGUUUGCUCAGUUACUCAGAUAAUUAUAUCCAUUUUUACUCCUCUUAGUCUAGCCAAGUGAGGUCCAAGUGUUUAAAGCUUUUUCUGUUGUUAUUGUUAUGCUGUUUCUUUGAAUCUUUAAAUAUAUGUAUUUGAUUAAGUGCACUGGACCGCUUGCAGAAUGCAGGUGCAGUUUCAGGGUUACCUCUGCAAAUAUACUAUUGUAUAAUGAAUGGCUCUGGAUACUUCUCUGGGAUGUACUUCAAAUCUAAUUUUAUUUACUCUUGGUCCUUCUGUAGAUUUCUGUUCUGUUUCACUCCCAUUAUGUAGCACCGACACUUGCAGUUUGCUGUCUUAUUUUAUAACAGAAGCCCAAUUUAAUCUCUGUUUACUCCUUGGCAAAUCCUGGUAUUAAGUUAUUAGAAGGCAGAGCUAAUGAGCCUGGGUCUGAAAAGUGACUUUCUGUUCUGAUGUUGGUAAGAUCACUUUUAACACUUGUGGGAUAGAUUUUCCCUUCCUGAACAAACAAUGCUGAUGAAAUUCUGUGGAAUAAAGAACUUCCUAAACAGCAGUCUUUGGUGUUAUAAAACUUU